AUGGACCCGCCGAAUGUGCCGUCGUCGCCACAGGCUCCGCCUGACCUCACACCGGUGGGCAUCAGUCCCUCCUUUCGUUCCGACACAAUCAUCACACUUGAGAUGGCGCAGGCUGUCACCAUCAACCGCGAGCGGCUCUCGGAGUGGCACCACAAGAUACGAUCGAAGCUUUUCCCAUUGGUGUCAGGCUUCUUUGUCCGCUGCCGCGUCGAGGACUCUACCGAUGGCAGGGCACUGUACAAGGUGGGCCGCAUCAAGACGUUGAAGCCAGACUGGUCGGUCGAGCUUGAUCUCAUCACGACGGAUGAAAUACUGUCGGGUCGCAGCAACACCAACUAUGACUGUAUCAGCAACACUAAGCUCACAUCAUUGGAGUUCAAUACUUUUAUUUCCAAGGUGCCACCUGAGCUGCUUCCAAACGUCGCCAACACCGUCUUCAAGAUGGAAGAGCGUCUGCGUCUGAUGGAGAGCGUCAUCCUGGCGGAGCCCGCCUUCCACGGGAAGCGGCGCGAUGAAAAACGUGGGCACGACAACGCACAGGGCUCCGGAGCGGCGUGCGUGCCGGAGAAGUAUGUCUUUUCGCAGAAUGUGCUUCUCUGCGAAGAUGACUUUGUAAACCUUCCACAAACAGUGACCAUUGUUGAUUUGCUGCAGAAUGCAGUGGGCCAGAAGGGUGUGGCGGAGCCAGACACACCGCGAGCGGGUAUGUCGCCUGGAACGGGGACGAAACCCCGCGCCUUCGAUGAGGCGGUCGCCAGCCACAGCACGAUGCUGCAGCUGCAGGAUAUGCGCAACUACAUGAACUCCCCAACGCAGCCGCCAAUAGAUGCGGCACGUCUUAUUGACACGAUACGCCGUGCCGCCAACCCACACCACAACGGAUUCACCUACGAAAGCCUCCCAGAGUUUUGCAAACUCGUCAUUUCGGUGUGCAAUCAGUGCCGUGAAGUUGUGGCGAAGGAGCCGCUCUUUGUCCGCCUGAAGUCUCCCAUCACUGUCUUUGGAGACAUCCACGGUAAUUUCGCCGACAUGGCGUACUUCUUGGAGAAGGUGGUGGCCUUUGAUGAUAUCAUGCUAAAGUACACGACGACGCACCUUCUUUUCCUCGGGGACUACGUUGACCGCGGCGCCUUCUCACUAGAGUGCGUUAUGUACCUAUUCGCCUUGAAGGUGAUUAACCCAUCGAAGGUGACACUGCUGCGCGGCAACCACGAGUCGCCGGAAGUCAAUGGUGACAUGGACGUGUACGGCUACAGUUCCUUCAAGUACCAGUGCCUCGACAAGUUCGGUCGUGACCGCGGCAUCGAUGUGUGGGUGGCCGUAAACGAGGUGUUUCAGUUUCUCCCCGUCAUCGCUGACAUUGACAAGAAGAUAUUUUGUGUUCAUGGUGGGCUACCACAGUACUCGGGCGGUGAGGACAAGCGACUGGAGAUCCUGUCGGACCCCGCCUUCCCGCGUAUUCCCGUAGUGCAGUGCACCGACCCGACCAAUGUGGCGCAGCGCAUGAUGGUGAACGACCUGCUCUGGUCUGACCCCGCGCCGCCGAACCACCAGCUCGAUAAGUACGGCUUUGGCCCCAACCCACGUGGGCCCGACAUCAAGACCUUCGGCUCGCGCGCCGUCGACAUGUUCUGUGAGCGCUACAACUACCAGUACAUCUUCCGUGCUCACCAGGAGAAGGCCGAUGGGCUGCGCCUCUCCGACAACGCUCGAGUCGUGACAAUCUUCUCCACAUCCGACUAUGCCGGCCACCAGAACGGUGCCGGUUGCAUUUUAGUCUCGGGGGGAAAGAUACGCAUGGCUAUCAAGAAGCCACAGCGGCAGGAGACGAAGGAGCUCAAGGGGCCCGUCUCUCCCCGGACGCUGGGGAAGAGUGUGCCAGGGUUCGUGCCGCGCCUGAAACGCAUAUGA